AUGCCUGCUGUAUAUAUCAUGGUAGGUCUCAUUCAGAGGCUAGAUUAUGAUCCUGAGCACAAAUUUUCGACCGAUGAUGAUAGUGCUUCAGAAGCUUUCGACAGCACAAAAUUUGAUCCAACACGUUGCCUCUUCUGCCUCAGCACGUCCGAGAAUGUCGAUAUCAACCUCGACCACAUGUCCAAAUCCCAUGGCAUGACAAUCCCUUCACCGCAUCAGCUUACCGUGGAUCCAACAACUCUACUCACAUACCUGAACUUUGUCAUCUCGGUCUACCACGAGUGUCUGACAUGUGGCACACAAAGACGUAACACCCAAGCAAUUCAACAACAUAUGCUUGGCAAGAAGCAUUGUGCUUUCGACAUCUCUGAUAUGGAGUCCGAGUAUCGAGAAUUUUGGGAUUUCGAAGGAGACGGUACAGGAGUCGAGGUUGAUGGCGAUAAUGUUACACUGCUUUCAGGAAAGGUGAUCAUGUCUCGUUCUGUGCGGCCUACUCAACAGCGGCAGAGGUCAUCAGCUCAACAUGUGGCUCUGUCGCCUUUGGAUACAUCGUCUUUGGACGCCUCCAACCUCAACACCUCAUCAAUGCCCGAUCAGCAUUCUCAUAAGCAAGCGCUCACCAGACAAGACCUUCGUGCCUUGAGAAUGGAUAAGCAGCUCGGCACGCUCAGUUCUAACGAUCGUCUUGCUCUGGCGCAUCUUCCUCACCCUCAGCAACGUGCGAUAUUACUUGCACAACACAACCAACUACGAACAGCAAGACGACAACAGAGAGCUAUGGAAUCGAGUUUGCAGCGAAAGAACAAUCAGACACUGAUGAAGCACUUUGUGUCCGAUGUUCCGGGUCCAAAAUUGGGCUGA